AGUAGUGGGACUCCGGAGGAGAGAGAGAAGGAGAGAGGGAAAGAGAGAGAAAGAACUUCGUGCUUUACAUUACACACAGACACGGGAUAAAGGACGACUGCGUGGACAGUUGUUAUAUACAUUUUGUGCCUUUUAAUUUGUAAAUCAACGUUUACACGUGCGUUUACGGUUGUAGUGGAUGUAAAGGGAUUAGAAUAGAAUCGGGGGAAUGUAUCCUGCUCGGGCAACAGUGACCGACCGUCUUCCGAGAUGUCAACUCAACAUUCUCCGGGCCAUCAUGCUACUCCAGGCCGUUCUAGAGAUGACUGCGACCAGGUUUGAAGACCCUAGUGUGAUGGGCGCUUCCACUUGGAACAGCUCAGACCUGUUUCUUCGUCUGGAGGCUCCGAUGAACAACAUCACCACGUCUCUGGGCCAGACGGCGGAGCUGCUGUGCCGUGUGUCCGGUAACCCCCUUCCCACGGUGCGCUGGCUGAAGAACGACGCUCCCGUGGUCCAAGAGCCUCGCCGGAUCUCCUACCGGCCCACGACCUACGGAUCGCGCCUCCGCAUCCGUAACUUGGACACCACAGACACAGGCUAUUUCCAGUGUGUGGCCACCAACAGCUACGGCACCGUCUCCACCACCGGAGUACUCUUCGUCAAGUUUGAUCCACUCCUAACCCCUCUGCCAGGAAGACCCUCUGCGGAUGAUUUUGAUGAAGAGGGGUUUUGCCAGCCGUACAGGGGCGUAGCUUGUUCUCGCUUCAUAGGGAACCGCAGCAUCUUCGUCGACUCCCUGCAGAUGCAGGGCGAGAUCGAGACCCAGAUCACAGCCGCCUUCACUAUGAUCGGAACGUCCAGCCACCUGUCGGACCGCUGCUCCCAGUUCGCCAUCCCGUCACUGUGUCACUUUGCCUUCCCGACAUGUGACCGCAGCUCUGGGACAGACAAGCCCAGGGACCUGUGUAAGGAUGAAUGCGAGAUCCUGGAGAAUGACCUGUGUAAGACCGAGUACAUCAUCGCCCGUUCCAACCCCAUCAUCCUGAAGAGACUGAAGCUGCCGAACUGUGAGGACCUGGCAGCACACGACAGCCCAGAGGCUGCGAUCUGUAUGAGGAUAGGAAUCCCCAUGGCCGAGCCCAUCAACAAGAACCACAAGUGUUUCAACGUCAGUGGUUCAGCCUACCGUGGGACGGUCAGUAAGACCAAGUCGGGUCGUCAAUGCCAGCCCUGGAACUCUCAGUACCCUCACAGCCACACCUACCUGGCGUUGCGCUACCCAGAGCUCAGCGGAGGCCACUCUUACUGCCGUAACCCCGGCAACACGCAGGAGGGACCAUGGUGUUUCACCCUGGACGAGGGAGUCCGUAUGGAGCUGUGCGACAUCCCCGUCUGCGAUUAUAAGGAGAACCGUGGGGGCAGUAACAUGGAGAUUCUUUACAUCCUGGUCCCGAGCGUAGCCAUCCCUCUGGCCAUCGCCCUCUUCUUCUUCAUCUGUGUGUGUCGUAACAACCAGAAGGCUGCCCGACCCCCGGCGCCCAGACAGCCCAAACCUGUCAGAGGACAGAAUGUAGAGAUGUCCAUGCUCACCAACUACAAACCCAAGAGUAAGGCCAAGGAGCUCCCCCUCUCUGCAGUGCGGUUCAUGGAGGAGCUAGGUGAAUGUGCAUUCGGUAAGAUCUACAAGGGCCACCUGUACCUGCCUGGUAUGGAGCAAGCCCAGCUGGUUGCCAUCAAGACCCUGAAGGACUACUCCAGCCCUGGCCAGUGGGGUGAAUUCCAACAGGAGGCGUCGGUCAUGGCUGAGCUUCACCAUCCCAACGUGGUGUGUCUGCUGGGUGUAGUGACCCAGGAACAGCCUGUCUGCAUGCUGUUUGAGUUCCUGAACCAAGGGGACCUCCAUGAGUUCCUCAUCAUGCGCUCUCCUCACUCUGACGUGGGCUGUAGUAGCGACGAGGACGGGACCGUCAAGUCCAGCCUGGACCACGGGGACUUCCUGCACCUGGCCUUACAGGUGGCUGCUGGGAUGGAGUACCUGGCCAGUCACUUCUUCGUCCAUAAGGACCUAGCAGCCCGUAACAUCCUGGUGGGAGAACAGCUCCACGUCAAGAUAUCUGACCUGGGCCUGUCCAGAGAGAUCUACACCUCAGACUACUACAGGGUCCAGCCCAAGGCUUUACUCCCUAUCCGCUGGAUGCCUCCAGAGUCCAUUGCCUAUGGGAAGUUCACGUCGGAGUCAGACAUCUGGGCGUUUGGUGUGGUGCUUUGGGAGAUCUUCAGCUACGGCCUGCAGCCCUACUACGGCUUCAGUAACCAGGAGGUCAUGGAGAUGGUGAGGAAACGUCAGCUGCUGCCCUGCCCAGAGGACUGCCCCCCCAGGGUCUUCGGCCUGAUGACAGAGUGCUGGCAGGAGGGCCCGACGAGAAGACCACGUUUCAAAGAUAUCCAUGGCCGUCUGAGGGCCUGGGAGGGGCUGUCAUCCCCCGCUAGUUCUAGUACUCCAUCAGGAGGUGGGGGCAAUGCCACAACUCAGACCACCUCGUUAAGCGCCAGUCCGGUCAGUAAUCUCAGCAACCCGCGCUAUGCCGCCGCUGCAGGUUACCUCUACCCGGCCCAGGGGAUGCCUGCGCAAGGUCAUCCAGGCCACCAGAUGGCAGGCUGGACCCCUAUGACCCAUGGGGCGCCCAUGGCCCAGAACCAACACCAACGCUUCAUCCCUGUCAACGGGUACCCCAUCCCCCCAGGCUACGCUGCCUUCCCUGCGGCCCACUUUCAGGCCCAGGGCCCCCCCAGGGUGGUGCAGCACCUCCCCCCGCCCAAGAGCAGAUCUCCCAGCAGCGCUAGCGGCUCCACCAGCACCGGUCACGUGACAAGCGUGCCCUCCACGGGGUCCAAUCAGGAUGCGAACACGCCUCUGCUGUCACACUGCGUGGCAAUAUCCACCCUGCCAGGGGGCGGGACCAUGCAGGUGUACGGACACAUGUCCCAGAAGGCUUUGCAACAGAUGGACCCCUCACAGACGUCCGCGCUGCUGGCCGACGCCAACAGACUCAUGUAUAGUGAAUCGGUCAUCACUGCAGACCUGUAAAUACACUGCAUACCUGUACUAUAUAUCACCUGGUUGAUUUGAUGGUUUUUGUUUCGUUUUUUUUGUAAGAAAGUUAUUAUAAUAAUUGUUUCAACUUUCUACUUGUAAAUACAUGCACGUAAAUCCUGAAUGAACGAGAUGCAAAGAUUUAUAUUCAAAAGAACAUCAAGCGUGUCCUGCCCCCUACUCUGAAACUCAAACUGCCUUGAUAGACUUUUUUUAAGUGAUGCUACUCCGUUUGCCUGCCUGGACACUGGGAUUUCUAAGCUCAGAGUAGGUCAACAAUAACACACCUGUCAAUAUAUAAUGACUCUAUCACUCGGACAUCAUUGUGAAUAACCUCCCAUUGACGUCAAUAAAUCUUCCUAGUCUCCCGUUGACGUCAGAAUGAUUUCGGCGGAAGUCCGAGCUGCACGGAGCCCUUCUGGUAGCUACAAUAUGUACUGUUUGUGUUGUUGCUUGGACUGGAGGGGCCCCGUACUGAAGCAGCGGGAGUCCCCGGUUGUGUCGUCAGUUGGGCUUUAUAUUCAGUUGAGCCUGUGUCAGCACAUCUGCCUGGCUGGCAUCCCUACAGUGCACCUCUCUUCUCCAGGAGGCUAAGCCCCCCUCUAGGGAUAUGUGAACUUCAAAGACUUCUGAUUUGACUUCAAAGCGGCCUGUGGAGAAGAGACGAGGCCCUGCCUACGCAACGCUAUGCAAUGACAUAGCACUUAUACCCUCUGCUUCACUCUCCACAGCUAUGUGCCUCCACAGAUGUGUGCCUCUACAGCUAUGUGCCUCCACAGAUGUGUGCCUCUACAGCUGUGUGCCUCCACAGAUGUGUGCCUCUACAGCUGUGUGCCUCCACAGAUGUGUGCCUCUACAGCUAUGUGCCUCCACAGAUGUGUGCCUCUACAGCUAUGUGCCUCUACAGCUGUGUGCCUCCACAGAUGUGUGCCUCUACAGCUAUGUGCCUCCACAGAUGUGUGCCUCUACAGCUAUGUGCCUCUACAGCUGUGUGCCUCCACAGAUGUGUGCCUCUACAGCUAUGUGCCUCCACAGAUGUGUGCCUCUACAGCUGUGUGUCUCCACAGAUGUGUGCCUCUACAGCUGUGUGCCUCCACAGAUGUGUGCCUCUACAGCUAUGUGCCUCCACUAGACACUCUCUCGUUCUCAAUACAGGGUUCUGUCAACUCGUAUGCAAUGAUAUACUGUAGCUACUAGGAACAAAUCAGAACAGUGUUUAAACCAGCCGUACUUCUCUCGCCAGUCUGUGCCCAUGUCUGUCCUCCUCUUUCUUAUCAUCUCAUAUCUAGUACAUUCAGCUAUGCAAUAUGGCUCUUACAUUGGCUAUGCAGACUUUGAUGGAUAAUCGUAUUGUCUAUUGAUGAUAAAUAGAAGUGGGACUAACAAAUGUAUGCCGAUCAUUACAACUUCUUUGUCAAAACGAUCCACGAUAUAAAAAAGUAUGUUCUACUAUAGACUGAAUGAAUGAUAUAAGGCUUUUGAUAAAAGACAGGGGGGUGAAUGAGAAAUCCUUCCACAUUUUAGCACACAGCUCACAGAAGCAGCUACAAUACAGUAUAUUUCACCUCAGUUGAAUGUGUUUGUUGCUAUGCAACUGUUUAGUUAAAAAGACGCACCCUUUGCCCGUACAGAAAGAGGACAAUCGUCGGUUUACCCUUGGUAGCACUUGCCUUCCAUGUUAACUUUGGUAUAAUACACAACUCUGUAAUGUUAAGUGCAUCCUUAUCUUUUAUCAAGGUACAAAGUCUACUAUCCUGACAUUUUCUGUGAUGUGUCAAUUAGUCCGAUACUGUCGAGAGGUACAAACCUGCUCUUUUGAUGAAGGUUUUUGUUCGUUUAAAUUCCACAUAUCUUACAUUUUUUUCUAAAAACAGGUUUACCUUCCUAGGUAUCUGGAGUUUUAUACAGGUAUCUUUUGAUAAAUGUAUAUCAAUUUAAGUGCAUAUAUACCAGUUCAAAACCACUUAAACACAAGACUGUGAAUCUUGGGACUGGCUAUUUUGUGUAGUUUAAAAAAUAAUAAUGUUAGAUCAGUUUCUUUUCAUAAAACAGUCUUAAGACAGUCUUUUCAUAAAACUUGUUUAGAUUGCAGUAUUACAGUGUAUUCAUAAGAAAGGUUUACAUGCAGAAUAUUCUAUUGACCAAGAGGCCUUGUCUUUGUAUUUGUCAGAAGAUAUUUGCACAGAAGUUUUGUAUGGCAAAAUAUGAUUAAAUAAUUCAAUGUUUUUGUCA